AUGGCCGUCCGAUUUAUCAAGGACAUCGUCGUGCGCUACGGCAUGCCAAACAGCAUCACCACGGACAACGGCACCAACUUCGCCAAGGGCGCGCUCGCACAGUACUGCUCCAUCUCCGGCAUCCGCCUCGACCUGGCUUCCGUCGCACACCCGCAGUCCAAUGGCCAGGUCGAGCGGGCCAACGGUCUCAUCCUAUCCGGCAUCAAGCCGCGACUCGUCAAGCCGCUCAUCCGUUCACCCGGCAGUUGGCUUGACGAGUUGUCGGCCGUCCUCUGGAGCCUCCGCACCACGCCAAACAGGUCGACCGGGUUUACCCCAUUCUUCCUUGUCUACGGAGUUAAAGCCGUCAUCCCGACCGACGUCGAGUUCGAUUUGCCGCGCGUCAUGAUGUACACAGAAGCCGAAGCCAAAGAAGCCCGCGAAGACGGCGUCGACCUGCUCGAGGAAGCACGCAUCGCCUCCGCGAGAGCGCGCAGCCCCCGGGUCCGCCGAGGUCCCGGUAUCCUCCUCCCCGGCAUCCGCGUCACGGUAGACGUCCGUCUCCUCGGAGCUGCCCUUCGGGUCGUCCAGAAGCAGGCCGUAGUCGUGGCUGGAACGACCCCACCAUCCUCCGCCCGCUCUGGCUGGAACUCGUCGUGGAAGGCGAACCCGGCGAUGUAG